AUGUGCAAACAGGUGGAAUUCAAAUUAGAGGAGUAUGAAUUUGAUAGCAUUCAAAAUGUGGUGUUUUUGAAGAGUUACGAUAUUUCUUUACCUGCUGUAAUUGCCGAUAUAUCGAAGAAUGGGGCGAUCAGAGUUUGUGUUGAUGCCUUGCCGUCCAAUAUCAAUACUGGAAACAGUUCUAGAAGAAUUUUACUUACACUUUCUGUUGCAUUUUCCAUAUUAUCGUGUGUUUGUCUGUUGAUCACUUUUCUCACGUACUGCUUCUUCGGGGAGCUAAGAUCCCUUGCAGGGAAAACAAUAAUGGUCCUCGUUUCUACCAUCUUUGUCAUUAAUAUCGUAUCUCUGGUGAGUUACGGAGGAAACAGAAAUAACAGGAAAUGUAUUGCUGUUGGUAUUCUCCUUCAUUACUUCUGGCUCUCGUCUUUUACAAACAUGAACAUCUGUUGUUUUCAUAUGUAUAGGGUUUUCCACGACAGAAUACCUCUGCAAAUAUACAAUGAAAAGUUCCUGUUGAUAAAGUAUUGCAUUUAUAUCUUUCUCUUGCCACUUUGUAUUGUUUUAGGGUAUUUUGUUACCAUGUUUUCAGUUCAGGGGAAUGUUGGUUAUGGAAAGCAAGAUUGUUUUAUAGAUGGAAAGAUGGCCUUGAUUUUUACUUUUCUAAUUCCGACUGGUUUUCUCUGCAUCAGUAAUGUCUUUUUCUUCUUACAGACAAUACGUACAAUUAAACUUUCUCCCACAGUUUCCAACAAUCAACCCGAACGGAAUGAUUUUUUAAUAUGUGUUCGCUUAUUUCCUAUAACAGGGGUUAUCUGGCUUUUGCAGAUUUUAGAUGGUCUUUUACCGCCAAGUUAUUUCACGUACAUUAUUUCCGUCAUAAACACAUCACAAGGCGUCUUCAUAUUCUUGGGUUUUGUUUUCAAUAAGAGAACGAUUCUAAUGUACAAAAAGAUAUUUACGAAAAAGAAGAAAAUAACUAAAGGAACAAAUCUUAAAAGUACUUGUGAAACACCCAAAAUGUUGAAAAGUGAGAGCAGUUGUUAUACUUUUGACAUCAAAUUAUAA